AUGGGCUCAACAAACUACAUUUCUUCAGUUGCAAUCGUGGGAGCUACAGGGCACAGUGGCAGUUUCAUGGUCGAUUUCUUGCUGAAAACUGGCAAACAUACUAUCACAGCAUUAACAAGAGGCAAUAGCUCGAACAAGCUACCCGAUGGUGUCAUCACAAAGAAAAUUGAUUACGACAGUCCAGAGACCCUGGUAGAAGCCCUCAAGGGUCAAGAUGCCUUGGUAAUAAUACUCAGUAGCCAUGCUCCCGAUGGAACAGAAUUAAAAUUGGUCAACGCGGCCGGCGAGGCUGGAGUGAAAUGGAUCCUACCCAAUGACUGGUCUCCUGACUCCACCAACGAAGGGUUGUUGAAGGAUGUAUUUGUUUUCCCUCCCAAAUCUGCUAUUAGAAAGGCAAUCACCGAUAUUGGCAAGAGUCAUUACAUUGGGGUAUCAACUGGCUUUUGGUACGAGUGGAGUCUUGCCAUUGAACCAGCAUUCGGAAUCGAUCUUCUCAACCACAAAGCUACCUUUUUCGACGAUGGUGAGAUCAAGAUCUCAACUUCCACAUGGCCUCAGGUUGGUCGAGCUGUUGCCAGUCUUCUCAGCUUACCCAUCAAGUCUGAAGAUCAAGCUUGUCUUGAGAACUUUAAGGACCAGGUGAUUUAUAUCAAGUCUUUCACUGUAAGCCAGAAGGAUAUGUGGGCUUCUGCUCUUCGUAUGACAGACACCAACGAAGAGGACUGGACUAUUACCACAGAGCCAUCUCAAGAACGCUUCAUGGGUGGCGUCCAGGAUGCAAAGGAAGGUAAUCGCUUUGGAUUUGCAAAGAUGCUAUACACACGUGUUUUCUACCCAGACGGAUGUGGUAAUAUUGAGAGAAAGGGGCCUCUCAACAAGUUACUCGGAUUACCAGAGGAAGACAUUGAUGAAGCCACUAAAGUUGCCAUUCAUCGCGCAAAGGUAUCACCUUGGAGCUGA